AUGUUCAAGAAAGCUGUGACAAAUUAUAAUAUAACAAUUGGAAGGGUGUUCAAGUUUGUGAAGAAUGACAACGAAAGGGUUAGGGCAAAGUGCAUAUCAGAAGGGUGCAAAUGGGAAAUCUUAUGUUCUUGGAGUAAUGAGGUGAAAACCAUCAAAGUAAAGAAGUUCGUGGAGCCACAUACUUGUGCUAGGGGGUUCAAAAACAAGCAAGCUAAUAAGAAGUGGUUGGCUGCUCAGCUUGUUGAUGAAUUAAGAUCAUACCCAACGAUGUCAGCACAUGAUGCUUUUGAGUGGCUUAAAAGGCAUAGAGGUAUUCAUGUUGGUGAUCAUCAGAUAUACAGAGCAAUAAGGUUGGCCAAAAAAAUUGUAAAGGGAUCUAAGAAGUUGCAAUAUAAAAAAUUAUGGGACUAUUGUGAGGAACAUAGGAGGAGAAAUCAUAACUCUACAUUUGGUUUGAAAGUGCAUAGACCUACUGUAGAACUGCCACCAACAUUUGAUAGGUUAUACAUUUGCUUUAAUGCAAAUGUUCAGGGGUUUAAAGCAGGGUGCAGGCCCCUCAUUGGGCUCGAUGGGUGUUUUCUAAAAGGAUAUUAUGGAGGACAGUUACUGUCUGCUAUUGCUCAAGAUGACAAUCAACAUUUCUAUAUGAUUACAGUAGCUAUUGUUGAGCAAGAAAGUAGGGAAACAUGGGGUUGGUUUUUGACAAAUUUUCUUGGGAAAAUUGGACAGUACAGUGAUAAUUGUUGGAAUUUUAUAUCAGAUCAACAGAAGAGAAACUUCUACAGCAAAUUCAAGAACAUGGACCUGACCAAACAACUCUGGAAAUGUGCAAGAAGUACUACAAUGGUGGAGUUUGACCAUAAUAUGAUGAUAAUGAAGAGAAUGAAUGAAGAUGCAUGGGCAUGGCUGAAGAGAUUCAAGCCCGAAGCUUGGAGCAAAGCUAGAUUUAGUGAUUAUCCUAAGAAUGAUAAUCUACUAAAUAAUAUUUGUGAGCAGUUUAACUCGAAAAUUGUGAAGUUCAGAGGUUGA